AUGACAAAAAUUAAAUCUAAAGGUAAAUCAGGAGCAGCUAAAAAUUUUAUUACUCGCAAUCAAGCUCUUAAAAAAUUACAAGUAACUCUUGCAGAUUUUAGAAGAUUAUGUAUUUUUAAGGGAAUAUAUCCUAGAGAGCCAAGAAACAAAAAAAAGGCAAACAAAGGAUCUACAGCACCAGUAACAUUUUAUUACUCUAAAGAUAUUCAAUAUCUUCUUCAUGAACCUAUUAUUGAUAAAAUACGUCAAUAUAAAAUUUAUAUAAAAAAAUUCAAUCGUGCAUUAACUCAUAAGGAAUACGAGAUUGUAAGAUCAUUAGAAGAAAAUAAACCUUUUUAUACAUUAGAUCAUAUUAUUAAAGAGAGAUAUCCUACAUUUCUUGAUGCUAUUCGAGACCUUGAUGACGCUCUUUCUAUGCUUUCAUUAUUUUCAUCUGUACAAGUUACUGAAAAAAUUGAUUCCACCAUUAUUUCGAAUUGUGAACGAUUAUGUUUAGAAUUUCAAAAUUAUGUUAUAGUAUCUAAGGCUUUAAGAAAAACCUUUCUUUCUAUUAAGGGUAUUUAUUAUCAAGUUGAGAUCAAAGGUCAAGAGGUUACAUGGUUGGUUCCAUAUAAAUUUUCUCAGAGAAUACCUGUUGACAUAGAUCUUCGAAUUAUGCUCACUUUUUUGGAAUUUUAUCAGACUUUUGUUGGUUUUAUUAACUAUAAAUUAUAUACCGAUUCUGGUUUAACUUAUCCACCUCCUGUUAAUGUUUCUCUUUUUGAAGAAGCAGGAGAUAUUUCGGCUUAUAAUUUAGAAAAAUUAACAACAAUUCAAACAGAAAAUCAAUUAGAGGGAAAUAAAAGACCUAAAGAUAUAAAGAAACAAAUUAGUACAUUAGAUAAAAAAUUAGAUAAGAUAUCAGAAGAAACAAAUUUUUUAAUAAACGAUGACUUAAAGAUUUCUGAAAAUAUAGCUGAUGAAGCUGUUCUCGACAACUUUUCUUUGCAUAAUAAUUCUGAUGAUUCUAAUAAAUUAAUUCAACCUGUUACUGCUAGUUCUACAGAAGUCAAUAUAUUUGAAAAAUUUAUUUUCUAUUUAUCUCGAGAAGUUCCUCGUUAUUCGUUAGAAUUUGUUAUAAAGUCAUUUGGAGGAAAGGUUGGAUGGGAUCCUGUCCUUGGAAGCGGCUCUCUUUUUAAAGAAGAUGACAUGACAAUUACACAUCAAGUUUAUGAUAGACCAACUUUACAUAAAAAAAUUUUGAACAGAAUUUAUAUUCAGCCCCAAUGGGUUUAUGAUUGUAUCAAUAAAAAAAAAAUAUUGAGUACAAAUGAAUAUGCACCAGGUUCUUUAUUACCUCCUCAUUUAAGUCCAUUUGUAAAAAUAGAGGAUGAAGGGUAUAAUCCAGAAGCGGAAGAGGAUUAUGAUGUGAAGGAGCAGGAUGAAUCAAAUAAUAUUGACAUGAAUGAUUAUGAAAAAAAAGAUAUACAGGACAGUUCUUUACCAUUUUCAUAUUAUAUAAAAAAAACCAAAAAAUCAAAUGAAACCAAGGAAACUGAAUCAGAAGAGAUAAAGGAUCUUUCAAAGGUCAUGUUAACCAAUAAACAAAGAAAACUUUACAAAAAAAUGAUUCAUAGCAAUUUAAAGAAAAAAGAAGAAAUAGACAGACUAAAAAAAAGACGUAAAGAAUUAAUACAAAAAAAUAAAAAAAACAUGUUAAAAUCAUAA